CACGUGUCCGAUCACAUGACAAUGGCGUCAUGAAAGGUCCUUUAUCCUACUAGGAUCUAGCAUCUACCAUUAAUAACGGCUAUCAGUGGUCUCACAGCCCCCCAAGGCACCCCUGUAAUAUCUCUGAGUGGGCAGGAGGGGGUCCCCGGGCCGGUCAUGAACCCCAGCGCAGCCGCCGAGGGAUAUCCCACCAUGCAGUUUUCAGGAGCAGCCACAGUGCUGGUGGAACUCACAGCCGACAUACACAUCUGUGGCCUCUGCAAGACGCAGUUCAAUAACCUGGAUGCUUUUGUGGCUCAUAAGCAGAGCGGCUGCCAUCUUACUGGUGCCUCCACGGGAGGAGCGAACACCGUCCAGUUUGUAUCGGCUGAAACUGUGAAUCCAUCUCAGACCGCAGCGCGGACGAUCACCUCCGAGACACAGACCAUCACUGUUUCGGCUCCAGAAUUUGUCUUUGAGCACGGAUAUCAAACGUUUUUGCCAAGUGAAGGGCCAACAUCCCAGAACAUCACCAUAGCCACAAAAUGUCGCUCCAGGAAAGUGUCUGCUUCCUUAUCCCAGAAGAAGCAAAGCUGCCACUACCCAGGCUGUCAAUUCAAGACAGCUUAUGGGAUGAAAGACAUGGAACGUCACCUGAGGACCCAUACAGGGGACAGACCACACAGGUGUGAGACGUGUGGAAAGUGUUUCAGUCGGAAGGAUAAGCUGAAGACGCACAUGCGCUCCCACACCGGAGAGAAGCCGUAUAAAUGUAAGGAGUGCGACUACAGUGCAGCAGACAGCAGCAGUCUGUGCAAACACCAGCGUAUUCACACGGACGAGCGCCCCUUCAAGUGUCAGAUAUGCCCAUAUGCCAGCCGCAACUCCAGCCAGCUCACUGUGCAUUUGCGCUCACACACAGGAGAUGCACCUUUUCAUUGUAUACUCUGUAACUCCAAGUUUAAGAUCAACUCUGAUUUGAAGCGACACAUGCGAGUCCACACAGGAGAGAAGCCAUAUCGUUGCGAGUUCUGUGAUUUCUUUUGUGCAAUGAAAGGGAACUUGAAGUCUCACAUACGGAUGAAGCACAAUGCGGAGAGCACAUUUAAAUGUAACCAAUGUGAGUUUCAUUGUGGCAGUAAGGCCGAUCUACGGCAACAUUUACGCUCCCACCUACCAGAGCAACCAGUAAAAUGCCUUGAGUGCAGUUAUUCCUGCGCCAAUAGAGCAGCCCUGAAGGUCCACGAGCGGAUCCACUCCAAUGACCGACCCUUUAAAUGCCAUUUCUGUAAAUUUGACACAAAGCAGCGUAGCAACCUGACUACCCACAUCAAAAAGGUUCAUGGAGACCAGGUGAAAGAGAAGUCUGAUCCCCAAAAAACAGAAUGCACUUUUCAAAGGCAGUCCACGGCACGGAAAAAUAACAAAGUGGAAGCCAAGAAAACAUUCAAAUGUGACCUCUGUGAUGCUUCGUUUGUUAGGGAGGACUCUCUGCGCAGUCACAAGAAGCAGCACAAUGAAUACAUCAUACAGAAGAACCAUACUUUGUCUGUUCUGCAGCUUUCUAUUGAUUCCUCAAGAGAAACCGAUGAUCAGAUCUUAAAAGUUAAGGCCAGACAAAGGCUUCAAGACAGAGAUGAUACAGUCACUUCCUUGCAGAAUGCUUCAAUUUCAGAUAGAAAGGUGACUAGCAACCAGCUCCAGAUGCUGAGCCAUGUAAACCUAAUGGCUUCUCCUCAAAUGAGCACCCCUCAUGGCAGUGAAGUAGAAAUGGUUAUACCUGUUCCACCAAGGCAAGCCAACAGUGACCAUUCACAUGAGGAGCUGAUAGGGAAUCAUGCGGACCCCAGCCAGGCAUCCCCAGCCAACCCAACCUUUAUAAAUGCUGCAGGCAUGACCUGUUCAGACCUUGAGGGCCUCAAUGUUUUAAUUCAUGAGGAGUCAGAGAAUGUUACUGUGGUCAGGGUGGGAGAUGAAGACUCUCAUCCGCCAAACUCUUCACCAUCUCCGGAGUACCCUUCUCCUCCAGUUGUCUCCCCCAAAGAAAAGUACAUCAUCAUACAGGAUGACGAAAGUCCUGAUGUCCUGUGCCCUGCAGAUGCCAUUCCUGAUUGACUAAACGUAUGUUUAAGAAUGGAGACUGUUUCUUAGAUGAAAACUAUGCACUGGUACAUACUGUUCUGCGCACGAGGUUAGCGGUAUGCUAUGAACACUUGUUGGUUGUGCUGGCUAGAACAGAAAGCUGAUUUUCUAAGCUGUGAUUGUACUGGGGGUAAACUGGACUGACCACACAAAUGCCUUUUACGGAUCCCCAAACUUUCCUAAACAUGCUGGUGGGCCCCAUCCCAUUAGGCUAACACCAUCAUACAGAUACAAGCCUUAGUUUGUUGCUGAUAAAUUAUGUCUACUAAAAGCAACAUGAAGCUAAUAUAUACAUAUCCCUUCCAAAGCUAAGGUUUAAUUUCUUCCUUAGAUGGACAAAGAUUAUACUGAACAAGUGUUUUGUUCCAUGAAGCAUAAUAAAUGGCAUUGGGAGUGUGGCUAAGAAAUCAAAAAAUGUGCCAAUAUUAUUAUGAAUGGGCAAAUAAUGUAAAUGUACAUGAGGCAUAAGUCAGUGGAGACAGUGAUGCAUGAUGACCUGCACCAAGUUUUGCCAAUUUUCACUGACUAGUCAUUUCAUGCAAACACUUGUCACUACCACUUUACCAAAAUCUUUCAUCUUAGAGGGUGCUUUUUUGAAAAAUGUUUUAAGUUUUUGUUUCCUAAAUUACACAAAGAAAACUGAGUACAUAGGGGGGAUUAAGCAAAACCUG